GUCUGCCCAACCGCAGGCUACACUGCCUCCGGGUUCAGGAGUGUUGGCUGGUGGGAUCCUAGCACGAGACCCGCGUCGUGUAGACAGCUGGAGCCCGCGGGUGAGGACCCCACGCCAGCCGAGCUGUAGCUCGGGUCAGCCGCUCCCCACCACCGGCCUUUGCUGCGCCUUGCGCCCCUUGCGCAAGCAGAGACCAGCCCGCCCGGUGCCAGCUGUAUUCGCGUCCCAGCUCAUGUUGGAAGAUGGAUAACUCGGAGACAGAGUUCAACCUGAAAGUUGUCUUGGUCAGUUUCAAGCAAUGUCUCACGGAGGAUGGGGAGGUGCUGCUGGACUACUACAUCGCCAGCUGGAAGGGGCUGGUCAGGUUUUUGAACAGCCUGGGUGCAAUCUUCUCAUUCAUCUCCAAGGACGUAGUCUCAAAGCUGCAGAUCAUGGAGCGCCUGCGGAAUAGCCCACAACGUGAACACUACACCAGCCUGCAGUCCAUGGUGGCCUACGAGGUGGGCAGCAAGCUGGUGGACAUGAAUCGCCGUUCCCGCCACCCCGACUCAGGCUGCCGGACUGUGCUGCGCCUACACCGUGCUCUGCGUUGGCUACAGCUGUUCCUGGAAAGGCUGCGCACUAGCCCAGAGGACGCACGCACUGCUGUGCUCUGCACCGACUCCUACAAUGCUUCACUGGCUGCCUACCACCCCUGGAUAGUGCGCCAGGCUGUCAGUGUGGCCUUCUGCACACUCCCCUCACGCAAGGUCUUCCUCGAAGUCAUGAAUGUGGGGACCCCUGAGCAGGCAGUAGAGAUGCUGGGUGAGGCCCUGCCCUUCAUCGGGAAUGUGUAUGACAUCUCCCAGAAGCUCUACGCUGAGCACUCCUUGCUGGACUUGCCCUAGAGGCCAGUGCCCAAGUCGGGUGGGCUUCCCCUGCUCAGAGCUAGGCGAGGGCACCCUGGGGCCCACGUGAUCCACAGCAAAACUUUCUGGAUGUCACUGUCUCCUCUGUGAGCUGAGCUUGUUAAGUACCACAGGCUGUGGCAGGAAAGGCAGUGGGCACUGGACCAGGAGAGGCACAUUGUAGCCAUUCUCUUGGACCAGGAUAAGACACCUGAGCCUCAGCUUCCCCCUCAAACCUUAGUUACUUGUAUGUUCGGUCAGGCUUCACCUCCUGAGGUGGAGAAGGUGGGGGGUGGGAACAACUCGAGAGGUGGUUUCCCCACCACCUGUGGAAUCUCUGAAAUGGUGUGAGGUCACAUAUCUUUGGUGCCUAGAGGCUUUCUCUUCUCCCCAGCCCAUGUCUAUCCUUCCCAUGCCUAUCUCAGGCCCAGGACACAAUAAGAACACAGCAUCGGUACCAGGCGGGCAGCCCUGGGUUCAUGUGACUUGACCCUCUUCAUACUCCUCCAUAACCUGAGUAGGAUGAGAAUCCUUGGGCUGUGGUCUGGGUGCUGGCGGCUCUCUCCCUGCCCUUUACCUGCCUCCUUUUUAGCUUCUCUGCAUGCCGAGCAGACCUUGGCAGCAGCAACUAAGACCUGAAGCCCCAAGCCAGGGCGCCUUGAAAGUCCCAGGAAUGCCUGCCUGGUUCAGGAAAGCAGCCUCUACAGCUUCUGAGCAGCAUCAGCCUUCUGAGGGACAUAGAAGGUGGUUUCCUGUACUUGUGCUUUUGCAGGGUGCCUCCAGCACCACCCAAGGCUCUGGCAAAGCUAGGCCUCACUCUCCCCAACCAGCACCCAGUGAGACUGUUUCUUCUCCCCUAUUCUGUUGCCUCCGUCCACAUGCUGCCCAGGAGAGAGGUGGAGUCUGGGCAGCAUGUGGAGACUGGGCCCCCUUGCCUAGCUGACAGGCUAGGCAACCUGGACAACCAUGCCCAGCCUGGCCAUCACCCAGUACUUGGGGACCUGGCCUCUCCCAUUGGCUCUUCAGACCCAUGGGGACAGUGACUGCAGUGCAGCAGAUAAGAUAUAAAUGCAAGCUUUCAGGUAUACCUGCUCCCUCCAACACUGAUACAAUGCGGUAUUUUCCAACAUAAAUAAAUUAAACUUACGGGACUGGGUAUGGCAGUCCAGGAUUGGGUUAUUGGGGCACACCAAGCACCUGAUUAUCUGGGGGAGGGACAUCAGGGUACCCAGCAAGGGUGAGGAGGGACCUACCCCAGUGACAGGACUGAGGCAUGUACUUCCCAACCCCAAGGACUCAAAAAGCAAUGUGAGCCAUGGGGGUGAGAGGUGUGCCCAGUCAGUGGCCAGCACUCUGCUGCCAUGUGCCAGUCCUGUAGUGCUUUAAUUUGGCUUGGUCCCCCCAGCCAUGAGAUCUGAGUUACCCUAUUUUAUAGGUGAAAAAACGGACUCACCCAGGGUCACCCACCCUGAGGAGCUAUACUGAAAGGGCAGACCUGAGACUGGCCAGCUGUGAGAGAGGAGAGGCCUGCAGGCGCUGGCUGGUGUCUGCCACACAGCAGCCUGUAUAGAAAGAGGAUGCACUUUGGGUGGGGUCCUCUUGGCCCACACCCAGCCAGGAACCAGAGUUCAUGUGGUGCUGGCCAAAGCCAGUGACUAGGAGGGACUGGCCUGAGAGCAAGGCUGCAAGCCAAACUGAAAGAGUGCUGUGUUCGUUUGUGGUGUACACCUGUGUGUGUUGUACCAGAAUUUGCCUUACAGGCCCCCCUCACAGGACAGCAGAAAGAGGCAAAAGCCAGUUUCCACAAUCCAGAAAAGUCUGCCAGGCCCCAGCUGAAGUUGAGACUGCCCAGGCCCUAACCUCAGCAGGUCAUGAGCCUCCCCUCAGCUCCUCUGGAUGUGUCAGUGAGUGCUCUCCCUCUCCCAGAUCCAGGCCAGGAGAGACAGAGUCAGCGCCAAGAAGAGGCUAAGAGGAUGCUGUGCGCCCUCCCGCCACAUGGACACACACCUGGUGCAGACAGCUGCACCAGCCUAUUUGGUUAUGGCCUUUCCUCUUUCGUUUGCAUGGACCCCUCCUUCAGGACCAGCUGUGAGCUAUCCCCAGAGUGGGGCACCUGCACACCCUCUGGGUAGCAGUGCCUGGGCUGGCCACAGGUUCCUGUGACUUCCAGGUGUCAUAUCCCUGGCAGGGGAACAGACCCUCAAGGUGUCCGACUUCCCAGAAAGUUCCAGAAUGCCUGAGAGGCCACAGCCCCCAACCCAGAGUUCUCCCCAUUCCAGCUAUGCUGCAGAAUUCUGACUGGCAAACCAUCCACUGUCUCCCUGUCUACAGGCCUAGAGGGGCCUCCCCUGAAGCCCCCUAACUGCUGACACGCUGUCUGGAAACGACAGCCAGAACCCUCCAGGGGCUGGGGAAGUGAUCCUGUGCCUAUGAGAAGUCACUAGGGUACUGCUACCUCCUUGCCCCUCCCAGUCAGCUGAGACCCCAGAGCCCUGGAUGCCCCUCUUCCCUCUUCCUCUCCUUCACAGUCUGCCAGGCUGCUUCAGGAAUGGGCAGGUGGCACAAUCAGUGACCACUAACAGCCUGUCUGUGAUGGUCACUAUUGGCCAGAGAGCCUAGUGGUCAUGUCAGGAUAAGGUUUGAUGUGCACAAACCUUUAGGUCUGAGAUACUGAAGAUACUGCUUGGGGCCUCCUGGGGCUUGGCAGCUGAGCAUGGCACUGGUUUUGCUAAACAAAUCCUCUGCUCCCUCCCCCUUGGACCUACUACAUCUGGAGCUCCUUCCCAGUCCACCCACAUACUAUCCCUGCUGCAAGCUGAAAGCUGCCAUGUCAGGUCUGGCUGGCCUAGGCCUCAGCCUGGCAGCUCUCCUGGGCCUCGGGAUGGGAGCCUCUUUGUGCCUGUCACGGCAACUUA